UUCAAAAUCCUGUUCAUGGGACGCGACGACUUCUCCUGCCUCGUCUUGAAGGAGCUCUACGCAGCUUCUGAUUUAUGGCAGAAUAUAUUGGUCGCUACAAACCCUGACAAGAAGGUUGGCCGACGUGGUUCCCUGCUCUCCGUCUCACCCCUCAAAAUUUUGAGCCAAACGCUCAAUCUCCCAGUGCACUCCAUCCCUCACACAAAACCAGAGUUCCGUCAGUGGAAGCUCCCACCUCCUUUUUCUGAGCUCCAGAUGGACUCUCCAAACCCGGACCACUUGUUGGUAACCGCGUCCUUCGGUCGCAUCCUGACUACAACUCAACUAGACGCGUUCCUUCCGACAAGGAGGCUCAACGUGCAUCCGUCUCUACUACCCGCAUACCGCGGCCCAGCACCGAUUCAACACACUCUGCUCAAUGGGGAGCAGGAAACGGGGGUUUGCGUCAUCAACAUGCUCAAGAAAAAAGAAGGGAUCGAUGCUGGGGGUAUUUGGGGGUUUACUAGAGUGGUAUGUCCUGUGCCAAAGGAAGCAACGUUUACAUCUCUGCAAGAGACUUUGGCGUGUGAGGGCGGAAAGCUGUUAGUGUCAGUUAUGAGGGAUAUGCGCGCGGGAAAGGCCUCACUUCAACCUCAGCCUACUUCUUCUACCCUUAGUCACGCCCCAAAGAUAUCCAUGGCCGAUGCUUUACUCAACUUCGAGACUAUGUCGGCAGAAAAUAUUGUUCAACGGUAUCGCGCGAUUUCUCAUCAGGUUUGUAAAGUAUCCUCUUGUCAUGAUAUAUAUGUACCAACCGCCCCAAUUCUUAGCCUGCACAACCCUUCCGUAUGGUCUCCAUCAUCAAGUCUGGAGCCAAUGGCCCUUCCUACGCAGCCAGGCUCUGCUGUGUUUCAUAAACCAAGCAAAGCACUCCUCGUGAGAUGUUCCAACAAUUCGGUGUUAUCAGUCCCAAGGGUCAAGCAAGAUGGAAAAUCGCUUUUGGAAACAAAAGAAUGGUGGAAUGGUGUU